AUGUUGCUGGGAGCAUCCCAAAAUCUGGUGAACGAAUUGCGGAUGGAGGACCCAUUGGAUUUCAAGAACUUAUUUCGUAUGAGUGCCAGUCAGUUUGAAGAACUGCUGGUGAAGGUGGCGCCGAAAAUACAAAAACAGGAUACCAUGAUGCGUAUAGCUAUCAGCCCCGCGAUACGAUUGCAGGUUGUUCUGCGAUAUCUGGCCACGGGUGAUUCCUUUAAGAGUUUAGAAUUUUUAUACAGAGUGCCGAAAUGUUCUAUCUCUUGUUUUUUGUUGGAGACAUUGGAUGCGAUAUACGAAGUUCUUCAGGAGUACAUCAAGGCACCGAAAUCUACCGAAGAAUGGAGAAGUGUAAUGAACGACUUCGCAAUUAAAUGGAAUUUUCCUGGAUGUAUCGGUGCGCUAGAUGGCAAACACAUACUGAUCAGGAACCCUCCUGAUGGCGGCUCAGAUUAUUACAACUACAAAGGAUCUUACAGCAUCAUUCUUUUAGGACUCGUAGAUGCGAAUUAUUGCUUCAUCUACAUCGAUGUUGGUGCCCAAGGAAGAAUUUCCGAUGGUGGUUUAUUCCAAGAAAGCCUACUGUUGCAGUACUUAGAGCUCGAUAUGCUCAAAAAUCCUCCUGGUAGUGUUAUUGUUGGAGAUGAUGCUUUUCCGCUAAAACCUUUUUUGAUGAAACCAUAUUCGAGAAGAGAUAUGAGCUUGAAAGAACGGAUUUUCAAUUAUAGAUUAAGCAGAGCUCGAAGAGUAUCAGAAAACGCUUUCGGGCUGUUGGUAGCCAAAUUCCGAAUUUUUGAAAGACCGAUUCCUUUGAUGCCUGAAAAAGUGACAAGUUUGGUUAGAACAGCAGUAGUUCUUCACAAUUGGUUACGAAAAACUACUCCAUCGGCGUACACUCCACGUGGAUCAGUAGAUAUCGAAGACAUCGAUACAGGAGAGAUUUUGUAUGGAUAUUGGAGACAAGUAACAAGUGCUACAGAAAGACUGGAGAUGCAUGGCAGUAACAACUACAGCAGAGAAGCGGCAGGAAUACGAAAUGGGUAUGCAGAUUAUUUCAUGACCAGUGGAGCAGUUCCGUGGCAAAUGGACGCUAUUAAGUUUUAAUUUUUGUUUGGUUAUUUUUUUUAUUGUAAAAAAUAAAAUGCCUUUUCUGUUUGAAUUAUUUUCAAUUCAGAGAAAUAUUCAUUGAUAUUAUAAGUAAUUCGUGAUAAGGAGCCAUUCAAAAAUGACAUUCAUAAUUUGAGGGAUAAGAGGGUCCACGAUUUUAAGCUAGUACAGUACAAGGUAUA